AUGGGAGAAAAGAAAGUAGAUCGAUUUGUUUUCAAAAUGAGUGACAAGAUUGGAUAAGGAUCUUAUGGACAAGUAUUUUACUUACAUAUGAAGGUCUUUAAAGGCUAAGAUGAAAAAACUAAAUAAUUGGUAGCCAUAAAGAUGGUUUCGAAAGCACUCAUUAAUGAAGAUGAAUAUUUAAGGGAUGGUUUGAUGAAUGAAAUUAAAAUAAUGAGAGAUUUAUAGGGUAACAAUGUAGUAAGGUUUAUUGAUGUGCUUGAAACAAACAAUAAUUACUAUAUUGUCUAAGAAUUUUGUGACGGUGGAGAUUUGCAAAAGUAAAACUUAAACAAAGUUAGUCAAUUGAAAAAGAAGAAGUUUUUGCCUCAGAAAGAAGCAAUUCAGCUGUUCAUUGAUGUUCUUUUGGGCAUGAUUGAAUUGGUCAAGAAGGGAAUCAUACACAGAGAUUUGAAGCCAGCAAAUAUCCUCAUCAACAAGGGCAUCUAUAAAAUAGCAGAUUUUGGGUUUUCAAAAGCUAUUGAUAACUUUAGGAAGCAAAUGAUUGAAUCUGUUGUGGGUACACCUCUUUAUCAAUCUCUUUAAUUGUUGAAGGCAGAAAAAUACACAUCCAAGAGUGAUAUUUGGUCUUUGGGCUUUAUCUUUUAUGAGACUCUGUUUGGCCAGACUCCGUGGAUUGCCAGAUCGAUUCCUGAAUUAGUGAAGAAUAUUACAUCUGUGCCAUUGAAAUUCCCACAGGAUAAAAAUGUAGACCCAUAGAUCUUAGAUAUGAUAAGAGGCUGUCUGUAAUUGUAAGAAAAGGACAGAUUAGGUUGGGAUCAAUUAUACAGACAUGCUUGUUUUGGACAGAGUUUCUCUUUCUAUACAAAUCAAGCCAAAUAGCUAGAGGACAAGGCAAUGUUUUUGGUGUAAGAUUUAAGAUUUAAAGUUAUGAAAGAUAAGAUCGAUUUGGAAAAGGUGUUUAUCAAAUAUGACAAAUCAGGAGAUAACUCACUAGAUAUGAAAGAAUUAACUUUGUUAUUGCAUGAGAUAGACCCGAAAUUGGAUAGAGAGGAGAUCGAAUACAUCUUCAACAAAAUAGAUCUGGAUAGCAGUAACUCUAUUGAGUUGAAUGAAUUCAAAAAAUGGUUGGAGGAGAAUCAAGUCUAAAUGUCCAUGAGAAACUAGUCUAAACCACACAUCUAAAGAAAAGGAACUGUAGAGAUGCCAAAGGUUUAUCCUAAUAAUUCAGAACAAGUAAUUCCAGAUUUUGAUAAUACAUAACAUGUAUAACAUAUAAGUCCUUAAUAAUAAUAAUAGUAAUAAAUAGGAAGUCAAUAAUAAUAGUAAUAUUAGAAAUAAUAUACAAAUUAAUAAUCAUAAUAAUAUCCAUAAUAAUAAUAAUAAUAGUAAUAAUAAGUAGGAACUCAAUAAUAAUAAUAUUAGAAAUAAUAUUCAAAUUAAUUAUCAUAAUAAUAUCCAUAAUUACCAUAGUAAUAAUAAUAAUAAUAUCCACCAUAAUAAUAUUCACAAUAAUUUUAAUAUCCAAAUUCUCCUGGAUAAUAAGGUACGGCUGGCUCUUAAUAACAGUAUCAAAUGUAAUCUCAACCCUUUCCUCAAAUGAACAAUUCAUAACAAUUCAAUUAAGGCUUUUAUCAACAACCUCCAGCCUAUAUACCUAAUCAGUAACCUCAGCCACCCCAAAAUUUAGCUUAAGAGAGAGCUAUGUUGACUAUCUAAAAAUUGGUUAUUGCAAUUGAGAAAUACAACAUUAACAUCUACGAUCUAUUUAGAAAGUAUGAUAAAACUGAAUCACAGUCGUUGGAUAUGAAAGAGUUCGGAGUGAUGCUCAGGAAAAUCGAUAGUCAAUUGACUGAUCAAGAUAUUAAUCAGGCCUUUUGGAUUUUUGACGUUGACAGAAGCCAAGAAAUCACUUUCAAAGAGUUCCAAGAUGGAAUCGUUUCGUACUUAAAUCAAUGGAAAGCCCAGUGUUGGUUACCAAUAUUAAAAAUAUUGAAUUAUUAAAAAUAGUUUAGCAUGUUUAAAUUAUGUUAUAGAUUCACAAAAACCCAUUUACCAGUCUUUAAGCAAUAUCCCUUGCAUCCUAAAAUAUUAGAAAUCUUGGAUACUAAAGGCCUACACACAGCCACACCAGUUCAAGAUAUGAUGUUCUCAUGUUAAGAUAAAGUAAGAUUAUUAAUUGGACCCACAGGAACAGGUAAGACUUAUGCUUAUCUCCUACCAAUCUUGGGAAAAUUGAAACAAGAGGAAGAGGAAUAAAACAAAAUAUUGACUGAGUAGAAUAAACCAAGAGCAAUUGUGGUUGUAUCAACCAAAGAAUUGGCAGAAUAAGUGGAAGACGUAAGUUAAGAGUUCACUAAAGCAAUGAAGCUCAGCACAAUAGCAUUGGGUAAGGGCACUUUUAAGAGGGAAUAAAGUUAUUUGUAAGAAGGAGUCGAUUUGGUUGUCACUACAUUGGAAAGACUGUAGAGACAUAGAAGUGCCUAAUCAAUAUAUCUCUCAAGAGUAUAACAUUAUGUGGUUGAUGAGAUCGACACACUAUUGGAUGCGUCUAUGUAGGAUGACUUAAAAAAAUUGGCUACUUAUUUCAAGGAUAAAGAUGCCAUGACCACAUAUUGUGGAGCCACUUAUAGUACGAAAGUUAAGAAUUUUAUAGAGAGUUAAUACAAGAAGGAUAUCGCUCUCUUAAUUGAAAAGCAAUCGCAUAUGCAUCUUGAAAAUCUGUCUCAUGAUUUUGUACACUGCACUACUCUUGAUAAAAGUGAACCCUUUAUAGCAUUAUAUAAGGAAUGCUAAACUAAAUUUAAAGGUUCGAUCAUUAUAUUUUGCAAUGAAAUUACUAGUUGCCAUUUUCUAGAAUUCUUUUGCAAAAAGAAUGGAAUUAAGACUGUUUCCUUACAUGGUGAUUUACCCAAGGGAAUGAGAUCCUAAAAUGUCGCAGAAUUUCGAAGUUAGCAAUGUAAGGUGUUGAUUACGACUGAUUUGGGAGCAAGAGGUCUGGAUUUCCCAUUUGUUGAUGCUGUAAUUAAUUUUGAUUUUCCCAAUUCAACAAGUGAUUAUCUGCAUAGAGCAGGAAGAGCAGGAAGAGCUGGAAAGAAAGGAUUCAUUUACAGUUUGUAUCAUAAUAGCGAAUAAAGUGUAAUUGAUGAGUUAAGGAAAGCUAAUGAAGGUGAGCGACCUAUAAGGAUUGAAGAGUCAGCUUAUAGUAAAACUAAUAAGGAAGAUUCACCAAAAGAAAAGGUAGUCAAAUCAAAAUCUUAAUAAUAAUAAUAAUAAUAAUAAUCACCCAAAUCUAAGACUUAGAAACAUUAUGUCAAAGGGUAUAAGCCUGCUUAAAAAUAAACUAAAUAGGAAAGAACUUCUUCUAAGAGUUACUUUAAAAAGGUUCAUGAAGGCAAAGUGUGA